AUUGUUUUGCUAACUGUUUCUAGAUUUUCAUUCAUAAAACUUCGUGUGUAGUACGUUCGGUCUAAAAAUCCAGAUAUUCUGCAGACAAAGUCCUUCAAUCGAAAUCGAUUAAAAAUCCUUUGGAUCGUUUGAAUUUUUUGAAAGUAAAGAUAAAAUACUGAAAACUAUUAUAUGAAUAGCUGCAGACACACCUCGGAACUAGUAUCGGCCCACCGGAAACGGUUUCCAUGAAGUUAUCGAUUUUUAACUUUUACGUCUUUUCGGCUGCUGCUGCUGCUGCAUAGUGUGCACUCAUUUGAAUGUCUUUUUAAACUUAUUUGGUCCUAUUAAAGCCUGAAAUGGUGCGUUUACGUUGGCCAGCGCUGUUCCUGGUCGUUGCAUUUUUGGGUCUGUUUCAGCGUGUUGGCUCAUCCGGAGGAGAUCAGAGUCAGUUCUUCCAAAAUUGUCUCAUGUCAUGCGUUGGACGCAAUUGCACCAAACCUGGAUUUCAGUUUCGCGAAGAUCUGCGGGGAAGCCAGAGCACCAUCAAUAAGCUGAUGAUCUGGAACUGCUACGAUGAGUGCAGCUACGAAUGCAUGUGGCGAACGACUGGCGCUUUUCUGAAGCGCAACUGGACGGUACCGCAGUUUUACGGCAAAUGGCCUUUUAUACGGAUACUGGGACUUCAGGAGCCGGCUUCCGUUGCCUUUUCGAUUGCCAAUUUUGGGACCCACUAUACAAUGUUGAAGAAGUUCCGUCGAGAGGUUCGACCCGAUAGUCCCAUGUUCACGAUGUGGCACGUGUUUUCGUACGUGAGCCUCAAUGCUUGGAUUUGGUCGACCGUUUUUCACGCGAGAGAUUUUCCCAUCACGGAGUUGUUCGACUAUGCGUUUGCCUAUUCAAUGGUGCUGGCUUCGUUUUACUGCAUGGUAAUCCGGAUGAUACACCGGAAGUCGCGCUAUUUGAAGGGCGCCGUCAGUUUGGCAUGUUUGGUGUUUUUCAUCAAUCACUUUUCUUAUCUGAGCAUUGGAAGGUUCGAUUAUGCUUAUAACAUGAAAGCAAACAUUAUAACAGGAAUGUCCGGGGCAGCCGGAUGGAUCUUCUGGUGUUUUCUACAACGUCGCAAACGACGCUACGUGUGGAAGUGCUUCCUGUUCAUUGUGUUGGCAACAUCCUCACUGUUGCUCGAAAUCAACGAUUUCCCACCGAUUCUAUGGACGUUUGAUGCUCACUCUAUCUGGCAUCUGGUAACAGCUCCGUUAACAGUUCUUUUCUACAGUUUCAUAAUCGAUGACUGUAGGAGCCUGCGACACGAACUUUACGGUUCCAAGCCAGAUGAUAUACGGAAAUUGCUGUAAGCUAUUCGAUUCCUGGCCACCAACUAAGAGCAGAUGACGUCCCAAAAAAUAAAUUUAACAACUCCUAUAACAAGAAACGCAAAACCUGUCGCGUCUUCUGGAAUCUAUAAGACUUGAAGUUUAGUGUAAAACGUUUUUAGAUUUUCGUUAUCGAUGUACCUAGUUGAUCGUUGAGAGUUUUUUUUUUGUUUCGUUUCUACUCCUAGCGAUUUACGGAUACCGGAAAAUGACAAUACAAUCAUCAUACCAAACUCCGUGAAUCGAAAAUAGCUCAGCACUGUUUGCUUCGUGUAACGUGAACGAAAUUAACAAAAGUCGGGUUAUAUUUAUUCGGAAAACAGAAACUAGAACAUUUUUGCGUGUUUAAAUAGAAACUAACUAAAUAUAAACAAAUGUUUGAAGAACCAUUAAUGGUUCACAUAUUGAACAAAACAAUAUUCUACAGUCAAUUUUAGAGACAAAAUCCAUAUACUUAUUGUGCUAGUAGAUUGUAUUGUGAAUUAUAACAAUUUUGAAAUAUUGGUGUUUCUGAUAGAUAGGCAGUUCCGGUUUAUAAUAGAAUAGGUAGAUUCAUUUUUAAACGUUGUACCUAUAAUGUAUUUACGAUCGCAAUGACUAGUCCUGUAUUUUCUUGGAAAAUAAACAAAAUAUUCUAAAUAAUUAAA